AUGAGCAAUAGACAACAUGCUACGUCCGGUCGUGCAAGUUCCAUUAGCCCCCUGGCUACUGGCGGGCUCGUGAGAUAUACUCUUCUCGGCCUUUCUCAGGCUACUCGUGUCGUCGCCGCGCCUGUGGUAAAGUACUUCAACCUAACAAAGAAAGAUCAACUUGGUGAAGGUGAACUAAAUCUAUGGAUCUAUUUAACUACGGCUACCUUUCUUGUCUUACUCGGUGGUGCCUUUGCUGGAUUAACCAUUGCGCUUAUGGGACAGGAUGGCGUUUACCUUCAAGUAAUAGCAACUUCAGGUGAAGGAAAAGAGCAGAGACAUGCCCAAUCUGUCUACAAUCUCCUUCGUAAAGGAAAGCAUUGGGUCCUGGUCACUCUUCUCCUUAGCAAUGUAAUCGUCAACGAAUCUCUUCCUAUCGUCCUUGAUCGCUCUCUGGGAGGAGGGUGGCCAGCCGUCCUCGGAAGCACCGUAUUAAUUGUUAUUUUUGGCGAAGUAAUACCCCAAUCAGUAUGCGUUCGAUACGGGCUCUCAAUCGGCUCCUAUAUGGCACCCUGCGUUCUAGGACUGAUGUGGAUUAUGGCACCCAUCGCUUGGCCAAUUGCUAAACUUCUAGAUAAAUUAUUGGGAGAAGAUCACGGUACAGUGUACAAAAAGUCAGGGUUAAAAACACUUGUUACUUUACACAAGACACUUGGAACCAGCCCAACUGAGAGAUUAAACCAAGAUGAAGUAACAAUUAUCAGUGCCGUCCUUGACCUCAAGGAUAAAGCUGUUGGUGAUAUAAUGACGCCCAUUGAAGAUGUUUUCACCAUGUCAGAAGACACUAUCCUAGAUGAAGAUACAAUGAAUAUAAUCUUAAGUGCCGGGUAUUCUCGUAUUCCAAUCUUCGAGCCUGGAAAUCCUCAGAACUUUGUAGGAAUGCUUCUUGUCAAAAUUUUAAUUACAUACGAUCCAGAAGAUUGCAAAAAGGUUAGUGAGUUUGCCUUGGCUACACUGCCGGAAACGAGACCAGAGACUAGUUGCUUGGACAUCGUCAAUUUUUUCCAAGAGGGAAAGUCUCACAUGGUUCUGGUAUCUGAGUAUCCUGCCGAGAACUAUGGUGCAAUCGGUGUUGUCACGCUAGAGGAUGUAAUUGAAGAAUUGAUCGGCGAGGAGAUAAUUGACGAGUCAGACGUUUACAUUGAUGUGCACAAGGCUAUUAGGCGACUUGCACCGGCUCCAAAGGCACGCGUACAGAAGACCCAAACGGUUGUGAACUUAGACGAGAAUACUGAAAACGUGUCUGAUGAUUGUCUCGCUGACUUUUCAGAGAAUAACAUCGGGGGACAAAUUUACUUCCAAGGUGACCCUGUUCCAAAUGACAGUAUCACUAUAUCGGCUCCACUCGGUACCAGUCCAAAGACAACUUUCCUGCGUAAAAGCAUCGGUGGAAUUGCUGGAGAUGGGCCCAUCACUAUCAGAGGCAACGCCUCGGACAUGCGUGAUCAGCUGAAACAUUUAGGACCAUCCAAUCUUGCAAGUCGUCCAAAAACUACAAGGUAUGCAGCUGUUAAAAUAAAGAGCGGCUCAGCACAAGUCCGAGCAAAUUCCCGGGUUGGUGAUUUAAGUAUACAGAACGACUCAUUACUUAUGGGACCAAGUGAUAAUAGUCCAAGUGAAAUGCGACUUUCACCUCCAAAACCAACGCCUGGAAACUUCUCCAAUAUAAAUGCAGAUCAACAAAACCUUCUCAACGGCACACCUAGAGGAGAAGACGAUGCAUUAAUCCCAUCUUUGCGACCCGGAUUUGGUACAUUUUAUCAAAAUAAGAAUAACUCCAAUCCCCUACCAGUUCUCGAAAGAGCUUUGACAACAAUUUAUCCCAAUGUAAACCUUCAGGAAUUCAGGCAAAUCUCCACAAACUCGUUGUCUGGCCGUACGAGUGAAAGUAGCAGCGCAAGCUCCGAAAAUUUAAUAUCAACACAGUCAAGAGGUAGUAGCCCCAAACGCAUAAUUCGUCGUAACAAAAGGACGGCACGGAGCGGGAGCAUAACUGAGAAUAUAAUUGAGGCUGGUGGGAUUCGAAAGGUCAUCUUAGAGACUAAUAGCUCAGGAGAAGACUUUGAACACAACAGAAAUAUGAACUAUAAUCGAAAGGUAAAUGAUAAUCAUAAUAACAUUGCAAACAGCAACCUUAAUAUAACUCGCAACUCUCAAAUAUCACCGAGUUCGUAUGUUCCAGAGAAAAAAAACGUUACAACUACCGCUGAGAACUCAAACACACAAGUUUCAUCGAAAAAUGAUGAGAGUAAAAAAAAGCGUCGUAAAAAUCGAAAAAGAAAACUCAAAAGCAAAGAGGAUCGUACAAUUUGA